AUGUCGGAUCCUGAGACGAUAGAGAAUCAGGGCGCGGUGGCCAGCGCAAAGGAGGUGGCGCCCAAGCCAACGAGAUGGCAGCGCUUUAAGGCGCAUAUGAAAAAGUGGUGGUGGGUUUAUUUUAUCGCGUUUGGGUGCAUUAUCCUGGUGGUGAUUCUUCCAAUCGUCUAUGUUGGAAUCCCUCACUUUGCCGACGAAUACAUCAACAAAUACCAGUACGACUACACUGGUCUGGCCAUCACAAACCCCCGGCCUGAUGCUUUUCGCGUCAGUCAAUCGUCGCAACUCAGCAUGGGAGGUGGAUUUAGUGGCAGCGGACAUUUGUCGCCAUUCAACGCAACAAUCAGUACUUCCGACGGCAGGGAAUUUGCUGUCUUCUCCGUUCCAGAAAUUGAAUUUAGUGGUGGCGCUCAUCUCAGUAUCGACCAAGAUCUCGAUAUAUCAUGCGUGGAUUGCUUGUCGGAGAUUGCUACCUCAGCAGCGACAAAUGAGAGCUACGCCGUAGUCGUGACUGGCCACCCGGACUUGAAAAUUGGAGCUCUGCCAACAGCCCAUUUGAACAUUGACAAGACGAUGAAGAUGAACGGAUACAAUGUGACUGAAUUUGUGAAUAGCGAUGGUGCUUUUAAUAUCACCAGCAUCAAUAUCCUAAAACCCCCAGUUGAUGGAUACAAUUUCAAUGCGACGCUCGUUGUCCGCAACCCGACCCCAUUCACUGUUGAAAUGGGCCACGUUACAUUCAACCUGAGCAUGGGAGGUUCACCACUAGGAUAUGUAGACCUUCCUAAUUUAAUGCUUGAGCAAAACAUUACCACUACCGACGUCUUGGGACAGGUCGACAUAUCAAGCCUGGUCGAUGCCGCUUUGGGAUCAGACGAUUUAGGCGUCGUCACUAUUGAUGUCCACGGCCAUAGCUGCGACUAUAAUGGGCUAGACAUCCCAUAUUACUCGGCAGCUAUCCGGGCUGUUUCGGCGUCGGCUACGGUCGAUUUGCUGAAAUACGCAUCGAGUUUGUUCGGUUAG